AUGAUACAAACUAACAAAUUCUUCUUCUUCAUUAAAAUUUGCCCAUUUCCCAUUUUAAUAUGGAUAUAUCAGAAUUCACAUGAGACAAAUACGUAUGGCAUAUCAUAUAUUAAGAAAAUUGAUCUAAGUAAUUCAUUAUAUGUAAGAGUAGACAGAUUAUUAAAUGAAGAAAGAGGUUUACAUCCCCCCAAUGGAAGCAUACCUUUAAAAAAAAUGUCUGAAAAGAAAUUUAAAGUGUCAUCUGAUACAUUAAAAAAUGAUGGUUAUUAUGAAACAGGGCUUAGAACAUUAAAAGGAAUAUCGUUAAAAAAGGAAAAAAAUACAUUACCAUCCAUUUCUAAAUCUAAAAAGAAAAUAGAUAAAAUAUGUAAUAGAAAAAUGGAAAAAGUAAUUGAAGCUGAAUAUAAAGGACUAAAUAAUUUUAGGGGUGCAUUUUCACGAAAAUUUCUAAGUUAUGUUCUGGUUCUUACUACAAUUAUUUUUAUGAGUACUGCUCCAAUCGUAUUAGAAAUGCUAAGAAUAGGUGAUAUUCUGACAUCAUCUAAUUGCGAAUUAGCCUAUUUAACAUUAGUUCCAAUAUUUAUUUUAGCAGUAUUAAUUAUAUCAUAUAAAUUGUUAAAAAAUAUAUUCAAGUAUAAUAAUAAAAAGUAA